UCCGCGUUUACGAAUCUUUCGGUCGUGGACUUUCUCGCGAAAAGACCGCGAGUUUGACACAUUAGCCUCGUUUUGCCUCAUAUCUUGGCUUUUCAGCCGGAGGCUUACACCAUAUCGUCGUUCACUGUUAUUUUUUCCAACCUUCCGGCCGUUUGGUUCAGUUGUGGAACUGAGCCCAACGUCCAAGUUGGCAGACUCGAUUUCGGCGAAUUAACCCACCUCCUUCUUCCUCCAAUCUAGUCUUACUUGCAUGUCAGAGCUGAAUAAGUAAUCAUGAUGCAGAAACGGGCCUGUGAUGCCUGUCAUAAGAGAAAGAUCCAAUGCGAUUCAACAAGCCCAGAUACACCCUGCAACUGGUGUGAGCACCAUGGCUUGGAUUGUACAUUUAACCGGGUGAGAGGGCGGAAAAAAACAGCCAAGGCUAGAUCUCGUCAAACAUCAGAGCAAAGUCUGGCGGAGCGCCUCAAGCGCAUUGAGGAUGCUCUUUCUCAGACACUUUCUAAUCAGAAGAACUCCGAAAGCAGUGCAGCCAAACCAUUGACUCCAAGUUCACUAGUCUCUGAUCCCCACAAGACCUCAGACCCUGGUGCUGGAGACUCAACCAACGAUACCCCUCAAAAGUUGUCAUUCAACCGGCCAUCUUCUUCCUUUUUGAGAGCUACAGAUUCGAGAUCUGCAAGCGUAUCCCAAGGAUCUCCGUUUAUAUCUCAAGCCCCAUCUCCUGCUGGCGGCUUCACCAGCUCUGUUUCCUAUGGACAACUCCAUUAUGGUGGCUGUCACUUUGGCCACAUCAGUCAGCAUAACGGACUACCUCUGCUUUCAGAAGAGGGAAGACAAUGGAUAAUUUCAAAGACUGGCCACGAAGUUAUUCUCAAUCCGGGCGCCACAGACCACUCCAACCCUUCCCAAUCGCCUGCACCUCGCGUUUACCAUGACCAACGUGACUUGUACGAACUUCCUGAAAGAAGUAUCACUGAGAAAGCUUUCGACACGUUUAUCCAUUCCUCUUUCAGUUUGGUGUUUCCCGUCGUGGAACGGGUUCUGUUCAAGGAUACCAUCGAACUAGCGUAUCAGCCUUACACAGGUGAUGUCCCUUCUUUGGAGCAUCUCAGUGCCAAGGUUGGUGUUUUGGCUUUUCUUUCAAUGAUAGUACUCUUCCAAGACACAUUUGCAGAUACACCAAGUAUCGACACAGACUUAUGUGCCACAAAGGCACGUUAUCUACUCACAGACGUCCUGGAAAUAGCUAGUAUCAACAACCUUCAAAUAGUCUUCAUGCUGAACAUGCAUGAGAUAUUCUCUGGACGCCUUCGAUCCGGUGCCAUGUUUCAUGCCAUUGCGUGCCGCAUGGUUUUCACCCUUGGCGGCCAUACGUACAUAUCAUGUAAACCACGAAGCUCGCAAGUUACACGCUCAGAGAGGGAACGGCGCCAAAUUCGCAUGCUAUUCUGGCUAUGCUAUAUCUUCGAUAAAGAUGUUGCUCUACGGACAGGUCAACCGCCACUCAUGUCCGACGACUAUUGCGAUCUCACCCUUCCAGAGACCUAUUUCGAAUGCUAUGAAUACCUUCCCAAACUCAACGAAAGCCUCCCCCAAGUUUCCUUCGAAGAAGAGAGUCUCAUGCCUCACCUUCCGGGCGACCCUCGCCUGAGCCAACUCAAAGACAAAACUAGUCGUCUGCUAUAUUCGGCUCAGGCUGCUAAGAAGUCUCAUGCCCAGCUACUUUGCGACAUCCGAGAGCUUGACGAAGAGCUCGAAGCCUGGAGGCAAUCCGUACCCCCUUCAUUCCGUCCUGCACUCUCAAUCACCGACGAGUCCCAAGUCGCUCUUCAAGGGAUGCAUCUUCCACGCAGUAUGAGACAUAUCACUCUGCAUUUGGACUAUCAUCAUCUGAUGAUUGCAAUCCAUCGAGCAAGUGGCAGGUGCAUGGAGCCUGAUCCCGGAAACCCUAACGACCAGCCGGAAUGGGUCCCCGGGGUUGAGUCGAGUAAUGCUCUUGCGCUGGAAGCUAGUCGUUCGACACUUGUGUACUUGCGGGCAGCGAUGUGUGGAGUCGCUGGUGAAGCAUUCUGGGUUAUUGUCUUCUAUCCCACAGCAGCCAUGAUCACUCUCUUCUUCAACAUCCUAAUGUAUCCGCUUCACGAACGAGCUGAGCAAGACCUUGAGCUUCUCAAAGCAGCCGCUGAUCUAAUCAACAAUCUUCCGGUGCGGCGACUGACUACUUGCGAAGUCUCACAUAUGAAGCUCAUCAAUGACUUUGUUGUUGAGCUAGUUCGACUUGGAAGGAGUGCAAUCUGCAAAGCAAAUAUGGAAAGAGAUCAUGAGCUUGACAGACAGUUGAUGAUUAUACACUAGGAAGCGCAAUUUCUCUAUAAUUUGUAUUCUAUAGCAAAUGGGUUUGGGGGCGCGUGCCGGGUAUACCAUAGUGGAUUUAAUAGAGAGGAUAUAGAAUGAUUCAUGAGAUUGGUACAGAAACUUAAGAGCUUUCCAAAACAUUUCAUAGCUCAAGAGAAAUUUGGGAAUCGGAGUAGUAUGCGGCAAUUCAAAAUCCUGUUACUUUUACUGGUGAACGGUGAGAGACCCUAAGGGCGCAUAAUUCACGAAAUGCAAAGACGAGCUUUCUAC